AUGCCUGCCGACGUGAACCUACAGUCUAAGUGCGUCUGCGCUGGGCUGGAUCUCCGUGGCAACCUUCCAGCCCUGACAGGCCAUGGUCUCUCUGCAGGUGCCCCCGGCCUGCCUCCCUCAUGGCGUUGGAUGACUCUGGCCCUGCUGAUUCUCUGCCUGGGGAUGCUGAUUGGGCUGACUGUGUUGGGAAGCAUGUACAGCAGGCAGCAGGCUCUCUUGCAGCAAAUAACCCAAAAGUACUGCCAGGAGUUAAGCAGCAAGCCAGGAGGUCACAAAUGCAGCUCCUGUGAUCACAACUGGAGAUUCCACGGAGGAAAGUGCUAUGGCUCAUUUAAGAAUAACAAAACAUGGGAGGAAAGUAAAAAGUACUGCGAUGACCGCAACUCCACUCUCCUGAAGAUUGGACACUCAAGAAGCUUGGAAGGCUCUCCUGGAUCUUGGGAGCACGCAAAGAAGAGGUUUGAGUUGUUGGGAGAUGGAGACGAAGGUAAGCACUGUGCCUCCAUCCGGAAGAAGAAAAUCUCCACUACAUUCUGUAGGGAGUUACACUACUAUAUAUGCGAGAAGGUGGGCAUCGUGAAAGUCGACCAGCUGGUGUAA